AUGUCAGAAGAGUAUCAGCAAGCUCCCGCUGAGGAAGUUGCCCCAGUUCAAGAAGUUGAAGUCCAAGAAACAUCCGUGGAAACCCCAGUGGAAAGAACCGAAGGUUCCCCAGUUGCCGAAGUACAGGAGUCCGUGACACAAGAGUUUGAACAAGGCUCUGCCCCUGUGAACGAGUACCGUGACGAAGAUCAACAACAAGGAAGAAGACAGUUUUAUGACAACCCUGCACCAUACCAAGGUCAACCCCCUCACAGAGGAGGUGGAGGUUUCGACGGCGAAUUAUCGACGACUAGACUUUUCGUGAGACCUUUCCCAUUCGAUGUACAGGAUUCGGAAUUAAACGAAAUUUUCGCUCCAUUUGGACCUAUGAAAGAGGUGAAAAUUUUGAACGGAUUUGCUUUUGUCGAAUUCGAAGAAGCGGAUUCUGCAUCCAGAGCCAUCGAAGAAGUCAACGGUAAAACUUUUGCCAAUCAACCUUUGGAGGUUGUUUUCUCCAAGAUUCAGCCUCCUCGUUUCCGUAUGGUCCUUAGAAACCUUCCAGAAGGCGUUGCUUGGCAAGAACUUAAGGAUCUGGCCCGUGAAAAUGGACUAGAAACCACUUUCUCUAGCGUCAACACCAGAGAAUUCGACGGUACCGGUGCUCUAGAGUUCCCAUCCGAGGAGAUCUUGGCUGACGCUUUAGAAAAGCUCAACAACAUCGAGUUCAGAGGCUCUGUUAUUUCCGCUGAAAAGGAUGACAACCCACCCCCAAUCAGAAGAUUCAGAGGCGGUGAUCGCGGUGGAUUCGGUGGCCGUGGUGGUCGCGGAGGAUUCGGUGGCCGUGGUGGUCGUGGUGGUUUCGGUGACCGUGGUGGAUUCCGUGGUGGCCGUGGCGGUUUCGGUGAUCGCGGUGGAUUCCGUGGUGGACGCGGUGGUUUCGGAGGUCGUGGUCGUGGUGGCUACGGUGACCGUGGUGGUUUCCGUGGUGGCCGUGGUGGCUUUGGCGACCGUGGUGGGUUCCGUGGCGGUCGCGGCCGUGGAGACUCUUACGGCUCUUCCAGAGGCUCUUACGGAGCUCCAAGAGAUGAAUACAGAGGUAGAGACGAUGGUGGAUUUUACGGUUCCGCCCGUGAGAGAUCCCCAACUAGACAGUAA